AUGUAUUUAAAUCAAAAUUUUGAUAAAUGGAUCAUAAAAGGAAGACAAGAAAUCAUCAGCCGUAAAAGCUUAGGGAACCAUAAAAAUGCUGACUCGCUUCAAAAGUCUCCUUUUAGACAUAAUGAAAAAUAUGCAGAUAACGACUCAAUUGGUGAAAUGGAUAUUAGCUCAAUUUCUGUCGGAGUUGAAUAUAUACAGAUUAAAAAAGUUUUAUAUUUUUAAUUAAUUAUAAAUUUCCUUUUAUUUUAAAAAUUGGUGAUGAAUUGCAUAAUUUUUUUUUAAAUUAUACUGUUAUCGAAUAAAUCUAAAGGCUUCGGUAAUAAAACCCCUGCAAAUUUAUCAAAACUGCACCAAGAAAUCCUACUGAGAAAAUCUGAACAAAAAUUAAGAGACUUAGAAAUGAAAGACAUUUUCCCCUCUGAUUCCAGUAAAGAAUGUGCUGAAACAGAAGAAGUAAAAAGAAAUAUAGCAGAUGAAAUCGGCCAUAAUUUGCCAACAAGCCCUGAAGAAGAAAUAAUGCCAGAGUCAGAAGAGGUUAGAUUUUUAUGCUGUAAAAAAUUCUGCUUAAUCCCCUUAAGCGAUUAAAACCAAAGAAAAAUGCACUUUGUGAAAAUCAAUCCAUUUAGGAAAGAGAGCAAUACAUUUUUAAAAUGAAAAUUUAUUAUAAUUAGUAAUUUUUGCAACAAGAUUUUUAGCUAGCAAUUAAAUUUAUAGUAGUUUGCAUUCUCAAAUAAAUUUCAUAACUAAAAAUCAAAAAAUAUUUUUAUAUAAUUAUAAUGAUUUAAUUUUUUUAUUAAAAAUUAAUCUUUAUUAAGGUGAGUUAGUUUUCUAG